AUGCCGGCUCCGCUUUCAGUCUUGCUGCCACGACGGGAGAGAACCCGACUGGACGCGGACGGGAGGGCAGGCUCAGUCAUCCGGGCCGGGUCGUACCGCCCACCCGGGUCCCGCAGGCCGCGGCCCCGCCAGGCCCCGACGCGGUCGCCUAGCAACGGCUCCCACCCUCCCGGCCAAUCGGCGGCGCCCUCGGUAACGGCCGACAACCCGGAAGCAGAGGGCGCUGUGCUCCGCCCACCCCGCGGAGGAGGCGGGGAGAGGGGCGGCAGCAGCAGGCGGGACGGGGCGGGUGGGAGGCGGGCGGGACAGCGAGCGCUGCCGCCACGCAGCGGAGCCACUGUCGCACCCAAGCACCCACCAUCCCUACCCGACCCGGCGUCCUCCCGCAUUCCCCCCGCCACACACACGGAACCCAGCCCCCGUGUUUCAUCGCCUUCGCCGUCCUCAGGCCCCUUCUCGCCGGUGUGUUCGGCGGGCCCGGUCCGACGGCAACGGCGGGCGGAGGAGGGGGCUGCUGAGCGGCGUUUGCCGGAGCCAACGGGUGGCGGGGAGGGGGGCGGGCACUGCGGGGGUGUCGGGUUAGAACGAGGCGUGACCCAGCUGACGGGCGCUGUGCGGAGCCGGGUGGCGGGCGCGGAGCUGAAGCCGGCGGGGAACAGCGGCGGCAGCAGCAGCAGCAGCAAACAGCGGCAGCAGAGAGCGGCGCAGCGGCGUCGGUAUCGGUCGGCUCUGGCGCGGCGUCUCAUCCACCCCCUCGUGAGCCUGGGGAACCUGCAGCUCAGAGGCGCCGCCAGCCACACCACCAUGUACUCCGGCAACAAGCGGAAAAAGCUCUGGCGGGAGGAGAAAGAGCGGUUGCUGAAGAUGACCUUGGAAGAAAGGCGCAAAGAGUACUCACGAGAGUAUGUUGCAUUGAAAAGUAUCCCAACAUGGAUGGAAGAUCUAAAAAGUAAGAGUGAAAGUGAUGGUGAGACCGCUAAAGAAGAUCCGCAGGGAAAGAAAAGUCUAAGUGAGAAAGUUUCCCUGUAUAGAGGUGACAUUACACUGCUUGAGGUUGAUGCCAUCGUUAAUGCUGUGUUUACUCAGAUGGUCCUUCUCCGUGGUCUGUGUUUCCUGGCUCCUGGCACGAUACUCAAUGAGCAUUCCAACCAAGAUUUAUCAUGGUACAUAAGCACACCAGGCCGGGGCGUAGAAAAGCUUCAACUUCCCUCUAUUUUUGUCCUCGUGUAAAGUCUGUGAAUGAAGAGCCUCUUUUGUUUGGUUUAAUGCCUUUAGCAGGAAUUAAUUUCUUUGUAGCUCUUACAAACUCUUCCGUGCAGCGUAAUAGUCAGAGGUGGUAACUCCAGCGCCGCGUGAUGGGAACUAUUCAUUAUUCUGAGCCUUGAAGGAUGGUAGCCUCUUCAGGAGGUCAGCAACAGGGGCUGCUUCUUCCUCUCCAGAAUUACCCAAGUAUAAACUUUGUACAGCAGCUACAUCCUGAUACAUCCACACCUCUUUGAGAGAACCAUUUUCCGACUCUCACUUUUUAACAUGUCUUCCAGAUUUGUAAUGCAGGAAAGAAUUCCUCCUGCGCUGCAAGAAUGCAAGUUAUUCUACCGUAGAAACAUCAGGCAAUUCGCAUCGUUUUCUUCAUUUA